UAUUUGCUGAUAACUCAAAACGUCCAAUGACACAUGAAGAUUAUGAGAAAAUGGAAUAUUCUCAAGCUGUUGUCAAAGAAUCUUUAAGAUAUCACACUAUAACACCAGCAUUGAUUCGCCAGACAACAUCAGAAAAUGCAGAAAUUAGUGGCUAUAAUUGGCCAGCUGGUACAUACACUCUUAUAAAUAUUAAUGGAUUGCAGAAAAACCCUGAUUUUUGGGAAGAUGCUGAUCAAUUCAAACCAGAACGGUUUCUAGAAUGUGAGGUAGACAAAAUAGGCAAAUAUACUUAUACACCUUUUGGUGGUGGUGUGCGCAUCUGUCCUGGUCGUCUCGUGGCAAGGAUUACAAUAGCUUCAGUUCUUAUUAAUUUAUUGAGAAAUUAUGAUAUUGAAUAUUAUGAGAAAGAAAAUCAACUCAAAUUUAUUGAUAGUUUCAUAGGUCUUGUAACUGAUUUUAAAGUUAUUCUUAAACCUAAAAAUUAA